GACAGAUGGACCAUUUUAUUUCUGGAUCGACGACGACCGGCCAUUUCGCUAUAGCCACACACGCACUCUUUAAACCCACAAUAAAUAUUAACGUAUUAUUAUAACAGUUACCGUCACGAAAAUCUCGGCGUACCGCAAGAAAUCAUAAUAUUAAGACGUAUUAACGUUCGCGCGCACACAGAUUUUUAACGAUAUAUACCUAUCAAUAUUAUUAUGUAGAGACAAUUUGUCACGUAGGUUGGUUUUUAGUUAACGGGAAUCGCGAGUUGAUCUCGCAAACAUGUUGAUGGAUGUUGAUUUUGACGAUGAUACGCCGAACCGAUGCACCACACUCGUCUACUAUGCGUGGAAGAUUUUCACGUGCUUGUUCCUACACGUGUUACUUGUCACCAUGGUCGUGCUGUAUUGUUUGCUCGGAGCCUUUGCUUUCGAACGUCUCGAAUCAGCGAACGAAAUUGAAGUGAAGAAUAGUAUUCGUGUCAUGAGGAUGAAUGUAACUACGGAUCUUUGGAAAUACACCAAAAAUUCAUUGGUUCUCCAACAAGAUAAUUUUACUACAAACGUAACAGCCCGGUUGCAGAAAUUUGAAGACGAUUUGAUAUACGCAAUUAAACGUAAAGGCUGGGACGGCGAAGAAGACACUAAAAUACAACAAUGGACCUUCACUGGGGCUUUAUUUUACUCAAUAAUUGUUAUCACAACUAUUGGUUACGGUCACAUCGCUCCGAAAACCCUGAACGGAAAAAUAGCCACUAUAUUUUACGCGAUUGUCGGUAUACCGCUGAUGCUCCUGUGCCUGUCUAAUAUCGGUGACAUAAUGGCGCAUUCCUUCAGGUUCCUCUACUGGAAAGUAUGUUGCUACACGUGCACCAGGCGGCAGAGACGAGUGCAGUCUCUAAGGAGAUCCCGCAGUCAAAGGUCCACUACAAGAUCACAUGGCGGUUCCAGAACCACGUCACUUAAGAGAACGGGUCGAAUAUCGCAGAGAUCCGCAGACAGUGCUCUUGGAAUGUCGGACUGUUACACCAGAUCUUCUUAUUCGGACACCGAAUGCAGAUAUUACGAUAAAAUGGAAAGAGAAUACGCCAUGUUCGGAGGCGGGAUGCCCGUUAAAGCCCCUAACCGAUAUUCACAGCAGUCCAGGUACUCCGACACCGUACCGUUAAGAAGGCACUCCCCGGCCAUUAAGCCUAGAUCGACCAGUCAAAACAGUGGUCACCGAAAUAAUGCUAACCAUUAUUACCACGGACGAUAUCGAGUACAAGAUCCAAGUUAUUCCGACGGUGAUCAACUAGAUGGACCAGAACUGCAGCAAGUGCCAUCGAUUUUAUUUAACAAAUAUGCACUGGACAGGGAAGAAUCUAGAAGAAUUCAUCCGAAGCAAAGCCACGAGAUCCGCCGGAACAUCCGGGGUCACUCGGCUGCGCCGAAUUUAGCGACGGAAACACCGUCUGGCACGUUGCGGACAAACAGCCGGAGCAAAACACCUCAGCAUCUGGUCGUGGACAUGCUGCCGAUGGACCAUCCUGACCAGGAUUACUACCCGAAACCGAAAUUCCGUUCGAGACAUCGGAAUUCCAAUCAGAGUAGGUCUCGAGAAGAAUUCUUGGGCGGCGGAGGCUGUGGCGGCGGUGGAGGCGGUAAGGGUAAACGUUUGGAGGUGAUGGCACCCAGCCCACGCAUCAUGUCACCACUGGGUUUCGCCGUGAAUCGGCAAUACCCCCGGCGGUCGACCCGGUACAACGACUAUUACGACGACAUGGAACCCUAUGAGUUCGACGACAACAACCCUGACCACAUCAAGCCCGUGCCCAUAUGGCUGUGCGUGCUUCUGGUGGUCAGCUACAUAAUCAUGGGCGCGUUCCUGUUCAAGAGCUGGGAAAACUGGGAGUUCCCGGACUCAGCGUACUUCUGCUUCAUAACACUCACCACCAUCGGGUUCGGCGACUUUGUGCCCGCCCAACGGGUGAUGAACAAGGGCGACGACACCAAGCUGCGCAUAUGGUUCUGCUCGCUGUACCUGCUCUUCGGCAUCGCCCUGUUGGCCAUGAGUUUCAACCUCGUCCAGGAGGAGGUCAUCAGCAACGUCAAGACCGUGGCCCGGCACCUGGGCAUCAUCAAGGACGAGGACGAGGAGGAGUCCGAGUGACGCUGCGCGCGGCACUUGUCGAACAAUAGAAAAUAAUAAUAAUAAUAAUAAUAAUAAUAAUAAUAAUAAUAUAAUAUCAUCGUCGAGUAGGUAUAACAACAAUAUUAUAAUAAUUAUAUGUAGGCAUAUAAUAUAGCAGGGAUGGCCACAACGAGGCUCACGAGUCAGGUUCGUGCGGCUCUAAGAUAUUUCUAUAAAUAAAUAAAUGUUUAAUAAAAUUUAAUAUUAUAAUAUAAAUUA